AAAUCGCGCUAGACACUGAACAAUCGGGAGUCGAUCCGCGGAAAACACGCACACGCACUACAAGUGUACAAGUGAAUUUGAUCGCAAAUAUCCACCAAAGAUGCGCUUCGGUGGUGCCAAAGUGGUUUGCUAGUGGUUUGCUGACCGAUGGUUGUGCAUCAAAGUAAGCAUUGCUGUGUUUUCUCCAUCGCGGCUUAACACCUUUUGCUGCGGUGCGCAAGCAUCUUUACGUAUGCAACAAGUUUGACAUUUGGCGAGAGAGAAAUCGAGGGCUUGGGAUUUUUUGUUGUUGUGCUUGCUAAUGUUCGGGGGACCUGCACCUUUUCAGCAUUCCUACACACAGUUCUUUCGGUGCGUGCGAUUGGUUUGGCUGUAGGCGCAUAUUGUGUGACCAGAACGAGCGUGCAUGCUAAUGCCCGCCUAGUUGGCCGUGUAAGACAGUAAACAUCGCGUUCUGGUUUCAGUUGGCGUUAGCGUUGGUGCUCGUACAAAAAACGGGGAGAAUCCAAUUUACGGGGUUGUUCGCGCUUGGAUCAAAGCAGGCGACGUUUCUAGUUUUGGGCGAUUUCCCCAUGAUGGUAGGCAGUCGACGAUCCGUUGUCGGUGGAGUCCGUAGCGGUGGGGUGAAGAAGGAAGAGAUUUUGGUAAACGUGCAGGUGAACGGUAACGACGAGAUUGACCUGGUGCCGGUCAACAAGAGCGCGGAUUAUGGGAGAGGAUCGAGCGACGAUCGAGACGGUGAUGAGGAGGAGGAGGAGGACUACGAAGAUCUGUCCGACAAUCCGGACUCGGAUCCGGAUCUGCUCGAGACGGAGGACGGUCGGUUGAUACUGGACAUGAAGCGCAGCAAGUACUGUGGCAGGUGUAAAAAGAUUUUCAAAACAUCAGCGGAACAGAAAGCACACAAAUACAAGUGCCCGGGCGUUGUGGAUGAGGUGCAGGACGUCAUCCUGAAGGAGCGUAAGGCGGCCAAGCAUGCGAACCCGGGCGAAGAGUUCCACAAGUACUGCAAUCCGAACCCGGACAAUCCGUGCUACUGCUGCGGUGAGGAUGUGAGCACCGCACACGUCGGCCACAUCCGCUGCAAGUUCUGUCCCAAAUCGUUCAAAGCGUACGAGUACAUGGAGCGACACCUGAGCUCGAUCCACUCGGAGUCGGACGCAUUUCCGUGCUGCUACUGCAACGCCAAGUGCAGCACGCAGGAAAUUCUGGACGAGCAUCUGAAGACACACGACGAGGGCAAACCGUACGCGUGUAUGGCGUGCGGUAAAGAUUUUACCCGCCGCUACCAUCUGGACCGCCACGAAAAGCACACCAAGUGCGGGAUCGUUCCCAAGGAGGUGGAGGUGCUACCGUGCGAGGUCUGUGGCAAGGAGUUUACGCGCAUUGACAAUCUGCGGGAACAUUUGCGUUCGCACAUGGGGCAAGGGGCACGCAAGCGGGAUUACCAGUGUCCGUACUGCUCCAAGUCAUUCUACGGCUCAUCGUUGCUGAACAUACACAUACGCACGCACACGGGCGAGAAACCGUUUCCGUGCGAUCUGUGCCCGAUGUCGUUCCCGUCGACCGGUGCGCUGCGGAAGCAUCGGCGCAAGCAUACGGGCGAACGGCCGUACCGCUGCGACGAGUGUUCUGCAACGUUUGCCGCGCGUGAAACGCUUAACCGGCACCGGAAAACGCACACCGGCGAGAAGCCGCACGUGUGUCAGGAGUGCGGCAAACGGUUCAUCCAAGCGACACAGCUCCGGUCCCACAUGCUCAAUCACAGUGGCGACAGUGCGUUCCAGUGCAGCGAGUGCGAUGCGACGUUCAAUCGCAAAGCCCGGCUCACGGAGCACAUCAAGUUCACGCACAAGGGAGAGCAACCGUUCGAGUGCGAGAAAUGUUCCAAAACGUUCCUGCGCAAGGAUGAUCUCGCACGCCACGAGCUGAUCCAUUCGGACGUUAAACCCUACGAAUGUUUGGUGUGUAGGAAAUUUUUCACCACCAAAAACGCUAUCCUGUUGCACCAGCGGACGCAUCUGGAGGAAAAUCCGGUCCAGUGUAAGGUUUGCUCCGGCACCUUCAAACGGUCCGACUGUCUGAUGCGGCACAUGCGUACAAAACACCGCGACUUUUUGGACAAAAUUAUCGACGAUACCGAGAAGGAAAAGAUGGAAAAGCUGACCACCACCAAGCGAGAAACGGAAAAGGAAGCGGUGGUGGAGAUAGACGGUGCCAUCUAUCAGAUCACCACGAUGGACGAUGCACCCGCGAAGGGGACCGCUUACACCGGCAACAACCAAACGGUGGAGGUGUUCGAGGUGGUAGAGCUCCCGGCAAGCGCUUCGGACGCGAUACCAAACACACUGCCGACCACCUCGGUACCGUACGAGCUGGUACCGGUUGUGGAUGAUGCGGAAGUAAUACUGGGCGACAGCAGUCCGGUAGAGUUUGUCGGUAAAGCAAACGCUGCAAACGACGUGGUUGUGAAGAAGGAGGAGGAUUCGUUCAAAAAGGUAAAGUCCCCGCCCAAAGCGACUGUCGUUUCAAAACCAAGCGAACCCGUUGCACCGAAGGUUGUUGGUAAAGCCAGCGAAGGAGAACCGUCGCGCAAGAGCGUUCCAAGCACUUCGAAACCAACUGCCCCGAUAAAACCGAAGACGGAACAUGUAGUAGCUGUGCGUGCGAGCAAUGAACCACCACAGAAAACGCCCCCGAAGCUAACGAAAGAGAUUGCGCGCGAAAAGGAGGAACCCAGCACCAAGCUGGCAAAGAAGCCGGCUACAUUACCGACCGCCCGACCGAAAGAGGCCAAGAGCAGGGUGGUGGAGGAAACGAAGUUGAAGCGCAAACGUGAACCCAAACCGGCCACCCCGAAGCGAAUGCGCCCGGACGAGGACAGCAUUCCGAUCUUCCUGAGCGACGAUAUGCUCGAGCAGAAGAUUUCCGAACUGCUGCAGAUGCUGAUGGGGGAGGAUAUGUUGCGCAGCUUCGGUUGGCCGAACGCACCGGUCGAGGUGGUGCUCGGGCGCGUCAUCCAGGGCUGCGGUCAUCAGCCGGCAAAGGGCGAGGAGGCCGGUGACCAUACGACGCGCAUGCGAGAAAACACCAAGAUACUGUUUUCCGUCACGAUGGACGAUGACGACAUUAAGGCUUUGCUGAACAAUCACACGGUCGACGAGGUGAUCAUGCACGUGCUGAAGAACAAGUAGUUCGCGCGCGCGGGGCUGAUCUUCAAACGAUGAUGGUACACGGUGCAAUGGGUUCCAGAUUGAUCGUACAGUUGCAGUCUACCCUUCCUACAUCCUGUAACGCAAUGUGGCCUUCUAAAGACCUUAUAAACGCGUAAGGUUAUAGAGUAUUGCUUUUUUUUUAUUAUUCAAUGAAGAUUUAUCAAUGUUUUUUAUUAAACACAGUAUGCAAUGUAUACAAUAAACAAGAACUGAACUAACUCCACACUGGAAA